AUGGGAACAGCUUAUGGUGCUCGUCCUCCGUCGAACACAGCUUACUUCGUGGCCCUGGCUGGAGUGCUGUCUCUGCUCUUACUUCUGUGCUGCUACUUCAUAUACUUCUGCAUUCGAAGGGUCAAAGGUGAUAUAAGUUCAAGGGUCAAAGAACUAUCUCAGCAGCCUCUGCCGUCGCCUGUGAAGUCUGUUCGUCCCCCUCCCCCCACAUCACCCCCCUGCACCUCUCCUGCAAGAAGUUUCAAGAGCCCCACACACUACCCUGUACAACCUAGUGUACGUGAGAGUGCGACAGCAAUGGCCCGCUUGUGUCAGUUGCCACCCUCCCAAACGGACACCGUGCAUCCAAAAAGUCCUCGCACCCCUCGCACCCCUGGUACUCCUAACAUCCCUGGCACCCCUCGCACCAAUCGCACCCCUAAUACUCCCCAAGUUCUUCCACCCCCACGUAUACUUAAAUCACCGAAACACCUAGCGCCUUCUACUCCUCCACAAAAUGAAACUGUCCAAGCUCCAUGA